AAUGGGAAGUAAAGGGUUCAUUUUUACAAAUAAAAAUUCUUGAACGACACAUUUUCGAAUCGACCAAAAUAUUAUUUGAUUUUAAUUUAUGUAAUUUCAAUUCAAUUUCUUCGGUGUACGGGAAGAAAGACGCCUAAUAUGUAAUUACACGCAGUCCGUGCCGAAAUCUUGACCGGAAUCAAAACAAGGCAAUAAGUCGCAAUGUGGUCGAAAACUGUAAAUUUUUCCGUUGCUUGCCUAUGGCUGUUGACCAUCGCGAAUUUCCAGUCGGAUUCCACCGCCCUGGAAGUCACACAAGAAGACAUCAGAACGGUGUUAUAUUCGUUUGGUCACUCGUUACGUGAAAAUGUGGAUAAAUUGGAACGACAUGAACGCCGUGAGAAACAGUCUAGUGAUCAAAUACAAAAUAUGUUAUUGACGAUUGUGAACAAGCAGAGAGAGCAGUUUGCCGACAACAAGGUUUUGGAAACAACCUUAAAGGGCUUAGAGGAAAGCAUACACAUGUUGACAGAUAUCGAAACAAAUGAGGAGGCCGCCAGUAGAUCGAGCACGAAAUCGAUGUUGGAGAGCUUGGAGCAGCACAUGGCUGCCGACGGGGCAGAUUUGAAAUCGAUUUUGAAGGCGGAGAAGCAGGCCACGAACCGGUUGUACGAGUCGUUGGGCAGCCAGCUGACCACUGUGUCGGAGCAAGUGAAAGCGUUGCAGUCGCGCCUCGACUCGCUGGAACGUGCGCCGAAGUCCCAGGUGUCGAACGACGCGAUCUACGAACUACUGCAGAAGAUGGCGGCGGAGCGGAGCGCGCCGCGACCCGUCGGCGGUGAGCAGGACCCGGCGGCCAACACCACGUGGCAGCUGGUGCAGGAGACCAAGCACGCGGUGGUCGAGGCGGUGCAGUCGCUGACGGGCCGGUUGGACGACAGCGACCGGAGACGGGAGGCUUGCGAUGCCACGAUCGCGGAGAUGGCGAAGUCGACCCGCGCGUUCCAGGCGGACGCGCAGAAAAGCUUCCAGUCGGUGCUGGACGGCGUGAAGACGCUGUCGGACGUGGAAAAGGUGUUGGUGCAGACGGCCGACCACGUGCUGGACACGAAGCGCCGGAUCGAGUACGGCACGCACCAGAUACUGACGGACGUGACGGCCGCGGUGAACGACCGAUCGAAGGAGCUGAACGAAUCGGUGAACGCGGCCGUGGGGCUGGCGGUGGACACGGUGCUGAGCGCGCAAUCCGCGGGCAUGGCCAACCUGAGCGUCAAGAUCGAGACGGAGAUCAGCCAGGUGUGGAGGCAGAUCGGCAUCAUGUACCAGACGCUGACGGACUCGGCGGCCACGCUGACCGCGCUACACAACCAGACGGACGCGUUCGUCAACAGCACGGCCGUCUCGGUGAACGGCAUGAACAGCAAGGUGUCGGCCAUCGGCGGCCGCAUGACCGAGGUGGACGAGAACCUCAACUACCUGCUGGGCCGGCUGUCGCUGGUCACGCAGGAGUUCAAGGAGAUCAAAAUCGGGCUAGGUGACGCGCUGGAGAGCAUCCGGGUGGGGCUGCAAACGGUGCAGGGCAACAAACCCACCGUGGACCUGGGACCUGGACCGAACCCCAUCGACGAUGAACCCCUGUCUGCCGAGAACAUUAACCUGUCGAAAACCGUUUACACGGUAUCCUGAAAAACGCCAUCGCGGCAACGACAAUAACGGUACUAGGUACUACGCUGUUAUGCGAUCACAAAACGAAAAAAUUCGCAUUCGCCCCAUCUGGUAGGAAUAGUACAAAACGUACAGAUCGAUUUACUCAGUGUUAUUUAUAUUAUAUUACUAUGAUGAUUAUUAUUAUUUUAUUAUUAUUAUUAUUAUUAUUAUUAUUAUUAUGAUUAUUUUAUUAUUAUUAUUAUUAUACUCGGUACAAAUAAUAUCAUCCAGCGAUCUAACUAAAUACGACGCACGAAAUUCACUCUUAUAAUUCACACCUAAUGCUGACAAAUUAUAUCCCAAAGACACUUAAUGUUUUACUGACAAUGGUUCACAGUAAAUAUAUAGGUGAUUUUUCGUCGAGCUUGAAUUAGAAAUAAAAAUCAAAACGAAUCAACGAUGCACGCAAUUGUUCGAUACAUUUGUUCGCCCCACGUCACUACGUUAUUGUUAACAUGGCGUCACAUUAUUUCGAACGACUAGGUAUCGCUAAUUCUGCAUUAAUCGUACACUUAAGAUUAUGUAUCUACCGUAUCUUAUAUUACACUUGACUCGUAAUUGAAUAUAUUUGUGUGUCCAUACGUGAAACUAUUAUUAUUAUUAUUAUUACUACUACAAUAUAGUUGGUUAAGUAAAUCCGACAGUUCAUGUCAGUGAUCUGUACGCAAAUGCAAUGAUUGGAAUAUAUAUUAAUAUUUUAUAAUAUUUUUUUUACUAUGUUCGCCUACUAAUGAUUAAAUCUGGGACCCGGAUUUUAUAACCGUUGAUUUAUAAUAUUAUAGUUAGACGUUUUAUUGAA